AUGGAAAAUGAUCUAAAAAAUCUAGAAGAAAAAAUAUAAGAAUAACACCACCACAUUGAAUUAAAAGAACCUGCCCCGAGUUAUAUCUUGUUGACUAUACAUGAAAUACCAUGUCUGUGCAAUGAUAAGUCUAAGGUCCUUGAGUAUUAAAAUUAACAAGAUGUUUUAAGUCAAGUAAUUUGCACAUGGUAUGAGCUAUACCACUUCAAUGAGUAGAAAUUAUAGUUUGAAAUAAAAGAAAAGAUAGAACUUUAUAUAAAGAAGUUUAAUGUAGACGACAGCGGUACUCAGCACACUUAUCUCUUGAUCCCGCUUUUCAAUAACUCAGAUUAGUAAUUCUAUUAAGUUGAGAUGUUCUAAAAUGGUAAUAUUGAAAAAUAUAACACCUAAAUCAAAGAUUGUAAAUAGUUGAGAAAAUAUGUAGAUGGUAUAGUUGUCUAAGUACCAGCGAUAUUAAAUGAAGAGUAAAAGACAUAUUAAUAACUAGCAAGUGCUUUUAGUCAUUGGACUUAAUUAAUCACAGGUGGCAUGAUAACUAUUGCUGAUGUUUAAGGCUGGAGGAUUGGAUACACCCUAAAUUUAACAGAUCCCUUAAUUCAUUCGUAUAAACUUGCAAUGUUCGGAGAAUAUGAUUUAGGUGAGUAUGGAUAAAAGACUUGGUUAGACAAUCAUGAUUGCAAAAAUAACAAAUUCUGUUAAUUGCUAGGACUUUAAGCAAAUAAAAAAUUCGAUGAUGAGGCUGUUAAAAUUGAACUAAAAUUGAUUAUGAAUAAAUUUAGUGAUGGGUAUUAAGUAUUUCAGCCUUAAUUCUAAUUUAUGGUUACUGAAAUAUACAAUGAUGAUAAUUUCCCUGAGGAUCAAAAGAAAUAUGAGGAAAACUAUAUUAAAACGUAACAAAUACAAAUAAAAAGUUAAUUUGAUGAAAUUUAUAUCAAGGCUUCCUCCUUAAAAGAAUAAAAAGAAUGA